AUGGGCUCGGCGGCCCCCGGCCCCGGGAGCCGCGCCCCGAUCCCCAUCUACCACGUGGACGCCUUUGCGGAGAAGCCCUUCGAGGGCAACCCCGCCGCGGUGUGCCCCCUUGACGGCGCCUGGCUUCCUGACGCCACCCUGCAGGGCGUCGCCGCAGAGAACAACCUCGCGGAGACGGCCUUCAUCAAGGCGUGCGACGAUUUCGAGGGCAGCGGCGCCUAUGAGAUCCGCUGGUUCACGCCCACGGUGGAGGUGGACCUCUGCGGCCACGCAACACUGGCCAGCGCCCACGUACUGUUCGAGCACACGCGGUGCCCCCGGGCGCUGGCGGCGGGCCAGGUGGCCUUCAGGUCCAGGAGCGGCGAGCUGAGUGUGCGCAGGGAGGGCCAGAUGCUGUGGCUGGACUUCCCGGCGCUGGGGUUCGAGGAGACGGAGGCACCGGCGGGGCUGAGGGAGGCGCUGGGCCUGCGGCCCGACCAGGGCGAGGUGUUCAGGUCCCAAUACGACGUCGUGGUCGCGCUGGCCGGAGAGGAGGACGUCCGCGCCCUGGCCCCCGACAUGAGGGCCCUGUCGGCGUGCCUGUCGUCCGCCGGCGCCCGCGGCGCCAUCGCCACCGCCGCGGCCUCCGGCGACCUCGACUUCCUGUCGCGCUUCUUCGCCCCGAACUCGGGCAUCGACGAGGACCCAGUGACGGGCUCCGCCCACUGCGUGCUGAUCCCCUUCUGGGCGGCGCGCCUGGGCAAGAAGAGCAUGCGGGCCAGGCAGAUAUCGCGGAGGGGCGGCGACGUUGCGUGCGAGCUGGGGGAGGGCCGGGUGAACAUCGGGGGCCGCGCAAGGACGUUUGUCAGCGGCCAGAUGUGGCUGUGA